CGCUGAAAAAAAGGUCCAGGAAUACAAACCCCUGCGCGCUCACUCCCAAACAAACACACACUCUGAAAUCAAAGAAUGGCAGAAAACAGCUUGAAGCGCUCCUUCGUCGAAGACGACGAUUCCAGCAAACCCCCUCCGGAGAAAAGAGUGAGAUUCCCCAAGGGUAAGAAGGUUCAGCAGGGAGACUACGUGAAAAAUUCGUUGGGUGAAGAUACUGCUAUCAAGAAGAAGGCCCUUCUCGCUGCCAAAGAUCGUGCGGUUCGACGGAGUAACAUCACGCCAGAGCUUCUUGAUGAUGAAUACAAAGAUUUCGUACCCGACGUACGGAAAGCAGAAGUCCAUUACAAGGAAGACGAGACUUUUGUUGAUGAAGGCACCCCAAUGGAACCGUUUAAUCUGGACAAAGAGAGAGAGGAGGGAUACUUUGAUGAUGACGGAAAUUAUGUCGAGUACGUGAAUCAGAAUGAGAUCAAGGAUGCAUGGCUUGAUAGCGUGGAUGUUCAUCCAAAGUAUACUGGAAAGAGCUCCAUUCCUACGAAUAAUGAUGACAAACCUCAGGACCUUGUGACCGAAGAACUUGCAGAAAUUAAUAGGCGGAUUGCUGAUGUUCUUGAGCCUGGAGAAACGGUUUUGCGAGCUUUGAGAAGACUAAAAGGUUCAACUGAUAAGAAGCAGAAGAUGUCUGAAGUAACAAAACAGCUGUUUGACAAGCUUACUGAAGAUGCUAUGAAAUUGAUGGAGAAUGGAGAUUAUGAUGUGUAUGAAGAAAAGCAAGAACAUUUUAAGCGUGAAGCAGAGGGUUAUGAGAAGGUAGUUCAGACAAGGAAGCAUGGUCUCUCAGAAAGUUUGAGUCAGGAGAAGUCCGAUGACAUGUUUGACAUGUUUGGAGACGAUGGUGGAAGUGCUGCUGAGAAUCCCGCCUCUAGUGGGAGUGGAUCAGUUCCUGUUCAGCCCUCUGAGAGUGGAGACAUGCAGAGCGACUAUGUAUAUGACGAGUCUUCUGGAUAUUACUACAGUAGCAGUUUGGGUUAUUACUAUGAUCCUUCUUCUGGGCUGUACUGCUCUGCAUCGUCAGGGAAAUGGUAUUCUUAUAACGAAGAAUCAGGGACGUAUGAUGAGGUCCAACAAGAAGCCAACGUGGCUGCGGUGAGCUGAUGAGAGAGAUUUGUGCUGCUCUUCACUAAGUAACCGAUACACGACUAUGUAAAUAAUUCGAUUUGCUUUGGUCAAAAUUGCAAAUGCGGUAAAUUUUUCGAAAUGAUUUCACUUCUUUUCUGUGUGUACAAGAACCCAUUAAAUCGUGUCUUUGCCCAUUUCACGCUUGCUUCCGUAUGGGAAAUAUGAGUUUACGCAAAUAGAUUUCAUGAUGAGAAAUUUAAGCCUCCACGAAAAUGGAGAUUACAGUUCCAGAAAACUCGACAGGACACGAUUUGAUGAGAUCGAUAAACUAUAUUAUACCAUACCCCCUUUGAAGAAAAUUUGCUCGUUUAUUUUAUUUUA